AACUCAUCGAGCUCACUGCCCGGCAUCAAGUGACUGACAGAUGGUUGUACCUGCACAUGAUAUUUCUGCUAACCCGUGGACGUGUUAUAUCCGAUUGAUUUGAAAAUUUGUUAUGCUAUGAGUGAGUGAUCAAGCCCACCAUGUCUACCAUGACAACUCUAGGAGCAGCCAAUCGUUCAGUGGUUACCAUGACACCUCCAGGAACAACCAAUCGUUUGAUGGUUUCCAAUCCACCGAUGGCCAAUCACUCGCCCCCUACCUGUGACCGAUACUACUUUGAGAACAGAACCUACUUCCUGUACAAUGGGUAUGAAGGUGUUCCAGAAACCCUCCUAAUUAACGUCAUCGGUUGGCUGGCCUUGCUGAUCUUGUUCACAUUCUUGAGGAAGAUUGCCUGGGACUAUGGCCGUAUUGCUCUUGUCAGCAGGACAGAGGAGAACAGAAGGAAGAUGAGAUCAGGGGGUGCUCAAAGGAAUGUCCAGGUCAACAGAAAUCUGUUAACUGAAGGAGAGAACCGAUACAAUGUGUGGACCACCUUGUUCUAUGGGGAUCACGAUCGCCACAGCAUUGGCUCGCAAGAAUCCUUGGAUACCACCUUACGAAUGCAGGACAAGGGUAUCUUGGCAUGGAUUCCUGCCUUCUUCCGUAUCAAAGAUGCGGACAUCCAGAAGUGUGGUCAUGAUGCUAUUCAGUAUAUCCAGUUUCAGAGAUACCUAUUGGUGUACCUGGCCGUGGUGUGCAUCAUCUCUGUUGCUGUCAUUCUGCCUGUCAAUAUAUCAGACAGUAACUCAAGUGGAUCUGAAUUUGGAGAUACAACCAUCAGCAAUGUCAGACCUGAAUCGCCGUUGCUGUGGAUCCACGCUGUGUUUGCUGUGGUCUAUUUACUGAUUGCUGUCUACUUUAUGAGGAGAUUCUCCACUAAUCUGGAGUACGAGGAAGAUGAGCAGGUCUCAAAAACUCUGAUGGUGUCAAAUAUUCCAAAGGACAAGUGCUUCAGAAGUGUUGUUUUACAGCAUUUCACGGAGGCUUAUCCUGAGGCUGUGAUCAUUGAUGUACAGUUUGCCUACAACAUCACUAAACUGGUCUCUCUGGAUAGCAGUCGCCAAAGAGCAUCAGAGGCGAGGAAAAUGUCAGAGUUAAUGUUUAAAAAGUCUGAGGUUCGCCCAGGGAUUCAUCCAUACACAUGUGGUCGUUGCUGUUGCUGUAGCUCAUGCUGUGGCUGUAGGGAGGCCGAUGCCAUAGAAUACUACACGGAGGAGGAAAGGCUAUUGAAGGAGGCGUGUGAAUCAGAGAAGGCGCAAGCAUUCCAGGAGCCAUUAGGCAUAGCCUUCAUCAGCUUUGAUGCUGACCAUAUGGCAGCAAGGAUUAGGGCGGACUUCCGAGCCUCGUGUAAAGGGGCACAUAACCCUCAGAUAUCCAGCGUCUACUCUGAGCUCAACGUGGCCAACUGGGCCAUGAAGUAUGCCCCAGCACCCGAGAAUAUUUACUGGCAAAACCUGUCUCUGAAGGAGUGGAAGUGGUGGCUGAGGGCCAUCAUCCUCAACAUCCUCCUUGUCAUCUUGCUCUUCACCACACCCAUCAUUAUCAUGUGGUGUUGUUAUUGUUGUAGGGAGAACCUGUCUCUGAAGGAGUGGAAGUGGUGGCUGAGGGCCAUCCUCCUCAACAUCCUCCUUGUCAUCUUGCUCUUCACCACACCCAUCAUUAUCAUGUGGUGUUGUUAUUGUUGUAGGGAGAACCUGUCUCUGAAGGAGUGGAAGUGGUGGCUGAGGGCCAUCAUCCUCAACAUCCUCCUUGUCAUCUUGCUCUUCUUCUUCACCACGCCUACCAUUAUCAUGAACUCUCUAGAUGAACUCAACUUCCAGAAGAACCUACAGAAAUCACAUAGUGCUGUGUUGGUUGCCUUCCUUCCCACCAUCUUGUUAUGGACAUUCUCGGCCCUGCUGCCUAAUGUGGUGUAUUACUCAGAUCAGUUUGUUGGACACUGGACAAAAACUGCUGAGCAUCAUUCCGUGAUGAGAAAGACAUUCAUAUUCCUGCUGCUGAUGGUAUUGAUUCUGCCUUCCCUUGGCCUCACCAGUGCCAAGGCAUUGUUUGAGUGGGUGGUGAUUGACACCACAGGCAAUAGGAAGUACCGUUGGCAGUGUAUAUUCCUGGCGGGAAAUGGAGCUUUCUUUGUGAACUACGUCAUCACAUCAGCCUUCAUUGGCAGCGGUCUGGAGUUGAUCCGCUUCUCUCAGCUCUUCAUGUAUGCCCUGAAGCUCAUUUGCUCGCGGUCAGUCGCGGAAAAGUCUACAGUCAGGAAGUCGGUGGUGUGGGACUUCCAGUUCGGGAUUCAAUAUGCAUGGAUGCUGUGUGUGUUCACAAUAAUCAUGACCUACAGUAUACCGUGCCCACUCGUCAUGCCUUUUGGUAUGGUGUACAUGGGCCUGAAACACCUGGUGGAUCGUUACAACAUCUACUUUGCGUAUGCACCUUCCAAGAUUGACAAAAACAUCCACACCAGUGCUGUUACUUUUGUCAUCGCUGCUGUUAUUUUUCUACAGAUAUCUAUUGUAUUCUUCUCGGCCCUGCGAACAGUGGAGCUACGGUUAAACCCAGUGUUCAUCUUCUCUGCUGUGGCCCUUUUCAUUACACUUGUUGUAUUCUUUGGCCGAAUAUUCUUUGGCUGGUUCAAGGGUCUUAGCCCAAUCAAAUACAAGAAUGCAGGAAGUAAGACAGGGUCAAGGUCACCCAAUGAGGAGACUCAGCCUUUCAGUGACAAAGAUACAGAAGGAACACAGGACAAGCCUUUUGUCCCAAGUGUGCUAACGGAGUCUGGUGCAGAUGAUCAACCUCCCGACGUGUCAACCUUCACCUACGGCUCAACAGGAAGCGUUAACAUGGGGGAUGGCACUACAGAGAGUGGCUGAGAGGGGAGAUAAUUCUAAAGGGGAAAAAAGGAGGGAUAUUUUUGUUAUAAAAGUUACCUUCAUUUUGCAAUGAUACACUUGAACGGAUGUAGUACCUUACUUUAUGUACGUGGCACGUAACGUUUGAUCUCUUUAACAAUAUGCUGACCACAGUUUUAUUCAGAGAAGCGAGAAAUUUGAACGUUAUACCUGGUUAUGUUACAACCGUAUGCUGUGAGAUACUACAUGACUAUCAUGCAAGAACAAUGAUAAUCCAAAUCAUAAACUCAGAAUCUAGGUGGUUUAUCAGGAAAUGUAUAAUUUAGAUUUUCAGCUUAGCCAGGGCAGAUGCUGUAGUCAACAGUACCCUGCCAACUCCUCUGUGAAAACCCUUUAAAUAUGUCAUAAUUUUUAAAAUGUUAUAUUUAUUAUUAAGUCUUUAGGAUCUUGCCAAAAGCAAAAUGACAGAUCUAAGUGAUCUAAGAGUGAUAUUCUUUUAUGGUGUUUACAAUCUUUAGUACAUCUGGUUUAAACUCCAUUACAACAUCUUGCUAUUUAUUCAUGUGAUUUCCUAAUUUACAUAUUUGUAGACCUUCUUUGUUUUAAGGUAAAGUAAUUAAAAUGCUGUUUUCUGUUUAUUCUAAUACUUAAAAUGAAGUUUGUUAAAAAGUUGCUGUUGAGACUUUAAAAACAACAUACCACCGCAUGAUAUCAUACUCACUUGUAGUUUGUAGCCUUUUCUAACAAGGUUGCUUUGGUGACUGGGAACUGCCAAUCAACUGACAUGAUCACCUCUGUAUUUAAGCCAAACUUUUCUGAUGAGCUAAUAGACGUCCUUCAUAUUUCCGAUUUUGUUCUACAAGAAACAACAUUCUACAUCAUGUCAGGAACAUUAUAUUUGUUGCGUGACAGUGGGAGACCUGAAGAUGAGCUGCGCAAAAGGUGAAGUUUAACAAGUUCCCCUUUCAUAGCUGAUGACGCUACAUUCUUGUUAUCUCCCUUGAUCUCACAUUAUGGGUAAUUGUGUACCAUAAAUAAAAUAAUACAAAAACUAUGUGAAGUGAACCAUGUUGUUUUAACGUAUCCUCAUGCUUCAAGACUGUCGAGUCUUCAUGCCUUUUUUUAAAAUCAUUCAUUUGCUGAAAACUUUUUUGUGCCAAGUUUAAGUUACUUGGUGAGGUACCCCAGUAUAAACUGGGCACUGCCAAAGUACUUCAUCAUGUACAUGUACCUAAACCUUGACACUAUCUGUGGGAAACCAAUGUCCCCAACAAAAGUAGGCCUACCGUAAACAGAGCACUGCCUGAGAAAAAACGUGCAGUGUCCCAAAGAAGGUAAGCCUACUUUGUUGGGGCCAUUGGUUUCCCACAAAUAUACUAGUACACAAUUAUUUUGGGGAUAAGUACAAAGUUGAAGACUUGGCAUUAAGUCAAGUCUGGUAUUAAGUCUUCAAGCAGAUUUGAACAACUGGGCCGUGGACGGUGCUAAGUUCACUCCACCCACAAAUCAUACUGCCUUUGUGUAUAUACUUUUCAGUACAGCAAAAGAGAAACACUUAAGAAAUAAAUGAUUACAAAUUAUAGGUGUAAAAUAAUACAUUUACAGCUCUGACUAAAAUAGAGAUUUUGGAGUGAUUUUAGCUAAAUACUUGUGAAAAUACAAUUGUAUUGUACUUCCUCCUCUAGUUGCUAUUAUGAUCAUCUGACGUUGAUUUGUGUGUUAUACGUAGCUUGCAGUAGUCACACUUUUCUGGAGACUGCAGUAUUAUCAUUGUGAUAUUUAACAGUAGACACUGCUAUGAGUAAGACUGCACAGCAUUGCAUGGGUCUGGCCGUCAUGGACCGCUUUCUGAUUAUUGUAGUACAGUGUAUUUGUACAUGUAAAGUUAUCAGGGUUGUGGUAAAAUGCAGUUAUUGUUUCGAUGAUAUGCAUUUCUGUAUUUGUGAUUAAACCUGAUAGGAUUAUGUCUUUCUGUUGUUACCUCUUCUUAUGUGUUUAUCAUAUUUAUACGUUGUUGUGAAGUGGUAUUCUUACUUGAUGUUUUAACAAUUUGUUACAGUUUUGUAAUAGCAUAGGUUCAAGACACUGUUGUGUAAUAUAUGUAGUUAUGUUUAUAUGUGGGUAAGUGCAUGAUUCUUCAGCAAAUUAUGUCUAAAAAUGUACAGAAAUUACUUUAAAAAAAUACACUGAUUUUGAAUUUGAAACUGCAUGGAUGGUAUGGGCUUACAUGUAUUAUGAAGUGGAGAAAAUAUUGUGUCAUUGCCACUUCAUUCCUAUGAUAAACUUCUCCAACAACAAACUGUACAGAAUGGUUGGUUAAGUAUGUUAUGUUUGCGCAAUGCGAAAAUUAUAGCCAUCAGAAAAUAUCUUGAGGGAAAUAUCUUACGUGGAAAAAUAAUGAAGACAUUCCUUUGAUUAUUAAAACAUUCUUGUGGUCGUUUGGUGGUGACAGCUGAGAUAUGUUCUGUAAUGUGUAUGAUACAGCUGACAAGUAUUGUUUUAGGAAUAAUAUUCAUUCUUCUUCUAUAAGAGGCUGAUCUGUUUAAGGAAGUACAUGUAAUUAAUUGUUGUAAUGAUCCAGACCUAUAUUUUUCAUAAAUUAUUGGUUAGAGAUCGCUUUUAUCUCCAAGUGCACUUUCAUCAUUGUCAAAAAAACAUAAAAUAAGCCCUUCUCUAUGAAAUAAUGGUUUGAUAGUGUGGUUGUGUCCUCUUUACUUCCAUAUGUGUGUUGACCUGCAUAAGCUCCAUGCAUAAUACCUUUAGUUACUGUCAAUAUUUUCUGGCAGAAAUGAGUUCUGCCCAUGUAGUUAGUGAUCAGUAGCUGUGAUUGGUGGUGUAUCGAGUAUAUGAAAUGUGAAUAUGCUUGAACAAAGAUAAGUCAGGUAGUCCUUAUGGUAGUUGAUGUUUAAGCGCGUAUAUACGGUAGAUAUUGUGAUGUACCUUCUGCCUAUCAAGAUACAGUGAUAUAUGUAUAUAUAUAUAUACAUACAUACAAGUAGAUGUGCAUGGGGUGAUGCAGUAAUGUUGUGGUUAAUAAGCUUAAGUUGAGCUAUUUCCAUGCAUACUGGAUCACAUCAGUUUUUUUACAACCAAAAUUGUGAUGUGACAUAAUUGUGAAAGCUUAGAUAUCAUAUUCGUAUUGUAAACUUGCGAAAAGUGUUUUAGCAGAAACUAAAAAUUAUGUAUGUAUCCAUUCUGUGACUGUGUGUCUGUACAAUUUUUCAUUCAUGACUGCAUUAAAAUGAAUAUUUAAUGAUAUUACAAACUUACGAUAGCCAUCAUUCUGCAGCACUUGAGGAUGUUUAUAACACCAAUCCACAGUAAGUUGCUGAUUUAAGAAAAAAACAAAUAAUGUAUGUAAGCAUUUAGCUACUUGUUUGCAUAAUAUUGUGUUAAUUUCUCAGUUGUUUACCAAUACAAUAAUGUGAAUGUGCUGUGUGUGCCAAGGUGAAAUUCAGGAUGAUCUUGCUUGGCCAUGCAUUUGUUAUCAUAACCAAUUAGAAAGGUAGGAGUCUAGCUCAAACUUUGUUAUUUGCUGCUUUCUCUGAAUAUUGUAGGGUACUCCAUCAUGGGGGUAAUUGUCAGCAUAUUUCUUAGCUUGUAGUGUACAGCUUGGACAUUGAUGUUAUAAUGUUAUGAUAUAUUUUAACAUUUCUGGCUGAUGCAAUAAACCAUUUACUUUAAAAAGUGUGUACUGUCAAGUGU